UUCUCUAAUUGGUUGAUUGCAGAUGAGUUUCUGAUGAGCUGGCCAAUCAGGGGGUCCAAUUAUUGUGACUAGACAGACCUCUCAGAAUCUCAGACUAAUUGUGGAGAAAAGAAACUCACCAUUUCCGACUGUAUGCUCACCCAUACUCACCUUAUGAGCUUUAACAUUACUGACCUACCACGAAGCAAGCGAUCCGUUCCAGCCUCAAUUCUGUCAAAUAACGUACAACAUACAGCGAACAGCUGUAAGUAGUUCACGAAACGUCACAUUCAAGUUUGCGAGAGAUCCAGUAGGGUGAAAACACAAUAAUUCGUGUUCUGAUGUUAAACGUAAUAUUCGUGAUAUAAGUUUCCCCGAGGGUGGUGUUCUUGUGUUUCUCGAUACGGCGCACCUCGAAGAAGUCGAUAUGAGGGCAUGCAUGCUUGGCACUAGGGUGUUAGUUAUAAUUGGUAUUGUGCUGGUGGAAGUUGACGCAGAAACAAAGAAUUGGGACAAUAACAUGGAGAGUAGAAUACUUCGUUUCUUUGGUUUGAAACAAAAGCCCAACAUUAGUAUCAAUGCAACGGCUCCCCAGUAUAUGAUUGAUAUGUACCGACGCAUUGAGCUUCAGCAGAACACCUUCACCUCCAGGUGUGGCUUUAAUGAUAAUGACAUACCCGGUAACACCGUUAGAAGUUUGCAGAACACAGGUUUGGGCAUGCGUUCAGCAAGUACCGGCAGUGGACGAUUCCACCAGAUUCUUUCUUUUAACCUUUCGGCAAUCCCUGUAUCAGAAAGUAUAACUAAAGCCGAAAUCAUUCUCGGAAUGUUUGAAAAUAAGGAGCCAAGGAAUAAUAGGCCUAUGGAAGUUAAAGUGACCCUCUACCAGAUAGGUAAACGAAGAAACAAUAAUAAUUUACUGGAAGAUCAACCAACGUUAGACUUACAUUCGUUACAUAAUUUUACAUCGGAGUCCGAUGAAUACGCAGUUGUCGAUAUUUUGAAUAUUGUCGAGACAUUUCGCGAACUAUCGACAGAGAAUCUUGCGUUGUACGUAUCAUUUGAUUUCGGAAGUAAGACAUUGGACUUUUCGGAGCAAGAGCGCCUGCUAUCUAGCCAGACAUCAUUAAUAGUUGUUUCCAUUGAUCACGAACAAUGCAAAACAAGGAUUCGUCGAGACGUCGUAACGAGUGACGUUCACGAGAACAACCCAAAUAUCUGCAAGAGGAACCAACUCCUGGUGAAUUUCAAUGACGUUGGGUGGGAUGAUUGGAUCAUUGCGCCGAUGACGUAUCAGGCGUAUUACUGUGCCGGAGAGUGCCCCUUCCCUAUGAACGAGAAACUUAACACCACCAACCAUGCCAUCAUGCAAACACUGGUCGUGUCCCUAGACGGAUCCAUCGCUUCCCCAGUCUGUUGCACACCAACUAAUUUAUCUCCGAUUUCGAUGCUAUAUUUUGAUAACAAUAAUAACGUUGUGCUUCGACAGUAUGAGGACAUGGUUGUCCAAGAGUGUGGUUGUAGGUGAAUGGACAUUGUAUCAUUGUGUUGUUUAUGUUUGACCAUGGGCUUCUUUUAGACGCAAUAAAUUAAUAAUUCAUAGAAUAUGUGUAGGCCUAUAGUACUGGCAGUAUACAUACACUCAAGAUAUACUAGUGAUGUAUUCUUGUGUCCUUAAUGGAUACGAUAAAGUUAUUUAAAUGAACGCAUAGUUAUUGUAAUUCUAUUCGUAGGUUAACAUUGCAUUCCAGGGUAAGGUUUGUGUAAUGCCGACGAGAAGGGGUAACGAAUAUGUUAAAUGGGGUCCACUUUAGUUCCUUGGCGGUGAAGUGUCACAUAGGUCUAAAAGAAAUAGGCCUAUUAUUAUCAAAACCACGUUAUUUUGACCAAGAAAUCCAUCAGAUACCGGUACUUUAAUUUAACUUCUCUGAUCAUAAAUAGAUCCGCCUCUGAGUACGAGACUCAUAUUUACAGUCUACAUCGUCUUCAUCCAUUUAACAGAUAAACUUACUACACUGAGAUAGACCUACAUAGGCCUAUACGUAAUAAUAGUCAGAGGACUAUGCAAAUUACAUAGACAAUGGACAAUAUAAAAGCACUUUGAGUACUGUUACCUGUUAAUGUACCGGUACUGUAAUCGACUUUAAAUUAAGACCACUUAAACUUCUAAAGACUCAUUUUAUCGUCUAGACGAUCUUUUCAAUAUCAUCGGUUAAAACUAGGUCCUUGCAAGUAAUUAGUCCAUUGUUUUCCUAUUUUCCCCGGAAACCAUUUGUAUUUAUGAAUAAUGUGCAAUAUUUUGUUUGUAUGAGGGGAAGUUUUUUUGUAAUUUAGUUAAGUUUAUACUUUUUAUACAUAUGAAAACUAAAAAAAGUUUAUUAUGCUCGGAAUAGAUUGCACACUCGUCUGAUUUUUCGUACGUCCAUGUCGAAUGUAUUGUAUUGGUCGCUAGUUAAGAGUUAGCGGUUUCAAAAAUUGAGAAUUUCCUAUAUUAAUAUAACAAAUGCUAUUUACUUGGAGGAUAUUAUUAAUUAAAUAAAAUGCUUGA